CUUCAAAAACCAGAUUGUAAUAUGCACAAACCACAUAUACAUACAUCGAAGAAAAGCCUUAAUCAUUGCAACACAAGAAGCAACAAACAAGAAGUUUUUUUUCUAAGUCAGAAAAAUUUUCACCAUUCCGUUAUAAUCCGUGGUUCUUGCUUUUAUUGCUAUUAAAAAAGUUUUUUUUAUUUAAAAAAAAAAGGGAAACAUGUCCUGUAUUAUACAUUCAAUAGAAGUUUCUUUGGGAGAGAAAGUGAGGCUUCACAAGCAUCUUCUAUGGGAACUUCCAUCGGCUAAUGGAGUUGAAAAUCUGCAAGGUCUAAGGAAUGUAAAGAGGCGAAGAAGACAUUGGCGUACAUUCACGUUUGGCGAGAGGAAACUAGAAAGGAAGCCUCAAGCCGUGGCAUUUGAAGUUCUCACCAAUAAACUAGAGGCUCCUACCGCCUAUGAUGAGAAGAUGUUGGCAAACUAUGUGCCAAUUUACGUACUGCUUCCAUUGGGAGUUGUCACAGCUGAUAACGUCCUUGAAAACAAAGAUGAGCUUGGGAAGCAGCUCAAGGAGCUUAGAGCAGCUGGAGUUGAUGGAGUCAUGGUAGAUGUCUGGUGGGGGAUCGUAGAAUCCAAGGGCCCUAAGCAGUAUGAUUGGAGUGCUUAUAAGAGCUUGUUUGAACUCAUUCAAGAGUGUGAUCUAAAAAUACAAGCUAUAAUUUCAUUCCACCAAUGUGGUGGGAAUAUAGGAGACGCUGUGAACAUCCCAAUUCCCCAGUGGGUGCGGGAUGUUGGAGAAUAUGAUCCUGAUAUCUUUUACACCAACAGGGCAGGAACCAGAAACAAGGAGUACCUCACCAUUGGUGUGGAUCAUCUUCCUCUCUUUGGAGGUCGAACUGCCAUUGAGAUGUAUAGUGACUACAUGAAGAGCUUCAGGGAGAACAUGUCAGAUUUGUUAGAAGCUGGGGUGAUCAUUGAUAUCGAAGUAGGGCUUGGUCCAGCAGGAGAGCUAAGAUACCCUUCAUACCCACAAACUCAAGGAUGGGUUUUUCCUGGCAUUGGAGAAUUCAUUUGCUAUGAUAAAUAUCUCAAAGCAGAAUUCAAAGAGGCAGCAGCAAGGGCAGGCAACCCUGAAUGGGAAUUGCCUGAUGAUGCAGGGGAAUACAAUGACACACCAGAAAACACUGGCUUCUUUAAACCAAAUGGAACAUACCGUACUGAAAAAGGAAACUUCUUCUUGAUAUGGUAUUCCAACAGAUUAUUGAUCCAUGGGGAUGAGAUCCUUGAUGAAGCCAAUAAAGCAUUCUUGGGCUGUAAAGUCAAAAUAGCAGCUAAAGUAUCUGGAAUUCAUUGGUGGUACAAAGUUGAUAAUCAUGCUGCAGAGCUUACAGCAGGAUAUUACAACUUGCAUGAAAGAGAUGGGUACCGACCCAUUGCCAGGAUGCUAUCAAGGCAUCAUGCUAUUUUGAAUUUCACAUGCCUUGAGAUGAAGGACGCAGAGCAACCUGAAAAUGCCAAAAGUGGACCUCAGGAACUUGUUAUGCAGGUUUUGAGUGGAGCUUGGAGAGAGAAUAUUGAGGUUGCAGGGGAGAAUGCACUUUCAAGAUAUGAUGCGACAGCUUACAAUCAAAUCCUUUUAAAUGUCAGGCCUAAUGGUGUCAACAAGAAUGGCCAACCAAAACUGAGGAUGUAUGGGAUGACAUACCUACGGUUAUCUGAUGAUCUAUUAGAAGAAACCAAUUUUAAGCUAUUCAAGACAUUUGUGAGGAAAAUGCAUGCAGACCAGGAUUAUUGUCCAGAUCUCAAGAAAUACAACCAUGAAAUACGUCCACUGGAGCGGUCAAAGCAACAGAUUCCAACUGAAGUUCUAACAGAAGCAACUAAGGCAUUGGCACCCUUCCCAUGGGAUAAAGAGACAGAUAUGAAAGUUGAUGGUGCUGGUGCUGGUCAGCCUGGUCUACUUGCUAGUUUGGUAAACAAGAUCAAAUCCCUAUUCUUCAAGUGAAAAUUACAUCCAUUGUGGAAGAGAACGCUACAAUUACGAGUUGCCAUCUAGAGCUGUGUCACAACCUUUUAAGAUGUCGGUUGUUUGAAUAAAAGAAUCCGCAUUAUCCUUAUCUUGCUCAAAUGUACAAUUGGCUUUCGAU